AAUAGCUAUAUGUAAAUCACCUCUUCUUCAGUAGGAAGUCGGGCUGCAGUUGCUAGGUUCUCGCGUGUUUCAACUCUGUUCAGCUGUUGUAAACAGUCCGUGGCUACACGGAGCAGCUGUGCAAUGUGCACAGAGAGCAAAACAGCUCGUAUGCAUUAAUGCAAGGACACUGAUUCGGACGAAAGCUCGGAAAUAUCUUCGAGGUAAAAAUGCGCUGCCAGAUUCUGAAAUGCAUGUCCAGGAGGUGACUGAGUAUCAUUAGUUAGUGAACAGAGGCAAGACAUAAGUCCUCUCUGUCAACCAUGAGUGCACUCGUGGAGCCAGGCGAUGUCCACACCAUUGCCCCCGAGAUGCCAGCCAUGUUUGAUGGCGUGAAGCUGGCUGCCGUAGCAACGGUGCUCUAUUUCCUGGUGCGCUGUCUGAAUCUGAAGAGUCCCACGGCCCCGCCUGACAUCACCUAUCGGGACACGCCCCUCAAUCGCUAUCUGCUCAAGUCCUGCCCCAUCCUGACCGAAGAGUACGAACCGCCGCUGCUGUGGGGGAAGAGUGGACACCUCCAGACGGCCCUGUAUGGGAAGAUGGGUCGUGUCAGCUCCCCAAACCCCUGUGGGGUGCGCAAGUACCUCCUCAUGCAGGAUGGGGCCACUGCCACCUUUGACCUCUUCGAGUCGCUGGGGGACCACCGCACUGGAGAUGACAUCACCAUGGUGAUCUGCCCGGGGAUUGGAAACCACAGCGAGAAGCACUACAUCCGCACUUUUGUGAAUCACUCCCAGAGGCAGGGGUACAGGUGUGCUGUUCUCAACCAUCUGGGGUCCCUGCCCAACAUCGAGCUCACCUCGCCGCGCAUGUUCACCUACGGUUGUACAUGGGAGUUUGCAGCCAUGGUAGGUUCCAUCAAGCGGGCCUUCCCCCAGACACUGCUCAUCGUGGUGGGCUUCAGCCUAGGGGGGAACAUUGUGUGUAAGUUCCUGGGGGAGAACAGGAUCAACCAGGAGAGAGUGCUGUGCUGCGUCAGUGUCUGCCAGGGAUACAGCGCACUCCGGGCCCAGAAGACGUUCCUACAGUGGGACCAGUGUCGGAGGCUCUAUAACUUUCUCAUGGCAGACAGCAUGAAGAAGAUAAUCCUCUCCCACCGGGGCAGUUUGUUUGGGAUGAACUCGAGCAAGAUGGAGGACGCCGACCUGAGCCGACUGUACACAGCUACCUCCCUCAUGCAGAUCGACGACAAUAUCAUGAGAAAGUUCCAUGGUCACGACACGCUGAAAGAGUACUAUGAGAAGGAAAGCUGCGUACACUACAUUCACAAUAUCAAUGUGCCGCUACUGCUGGUCAACUCCUCAGAUGACCCUCUGGUCCAUCGGUCACUUCUGACCAUCCCACGCACACUGGCAGAAAAGAAGCAGAAUGUGAUCUUCGCCCUGACGCUCCACGGGGGUCACCUGGGCUUCUUCGAGGGGGCUGUGCUGUUUCCCCAGCCCCUCACCUGGAUGGACAAGGUUAUCGUGGGCUAUGCCAACGCAAUAUGCCAGUGGGAAAGACACAGACCGCCCUGCCUGAGGACACGUCGUGGACCCUGUCCACAGGCCGACGGGACUCCUAAUUUAUAAGGACACAAAUACGCCCACGAGAGAAGGCCGAACCCUGUAUUCUUCAAAAGGGGGACGGGGAUGAUCUACGGGCACAGUAGCUCGCCUGACUUUUGUUCUGACUAUAGCUUUGCUUAGAGAAACACAGCAUUCAGCUGCGAAUGACAUUCAUUGAAAGCCUUACCAAUGGACUCCAGUCAGUCGAAUGGAUGGCACUUGCUCCUCUAAACGUGGAUGCACAGUGUAACCUGCACAUGCUGGUGAACAGCUACAAGACUCCACAGUGGCUUAUUUAUUGGUCCGUUCUGUCCAUGGAAAAGACUGGAGAGGAGAUUUAGCUUCUGUGUGCAAAGUCCCAGCCAGCUCCCCUUGGAUCUCACACUUGGGUUGCUACUUGGUCCCGACUCUCCUAGCUGUUUGUUCCAAGUGUGUACUGUUGUCGUGAGGGUGUCUCUGGGAGGUUCAAAUGGGAGCUCUGGGAGGUUCAAACUCUAAAGGCUUUUGUUAAGCAGAGAAAUAGAAAUAAAAUGUCUGUUCUAGGAAUUCUAUGUUAAGCUUCUUUAGCUCUUUUUAAUAAUUGGGGCCAGGGUCAAAAUCUGGUCUGGGCUCUAGUUCUAGGCUAAUAGGCAAUACUUUCCUGGUCAGGUCAUCGUCUGAGGAAAAACUCCAAUCUGGCCCUAGUGAUACUAUAUUUUGUCUUCACAUUGUCAAAGUGCUUCAAACAUAAAAUAAAAAAUAUAUAUUUCAAACCAAGAAAGGAUGGCAAUGGUUUCAAGUACUUCAUUACUAUUUUCAAUACGCAGACAUGGUGUUCAAGGACCACACCCUGUAAAUAUCUGACAUUCUGAGGAAGCACCCAAUCCUACCCAGAACACAUUUAAUGACAAGUUCCCUUGUCCUGUACUGUAUUCUUGGUGGAACAGCCUCUGAAAUUCUCACUGGUUGGCUUGCACUACACAGCACUCCACUUCUGAGAAUCAAAUACAUUGAUUUUAUAUAUAUUGUAACUUGAGUUGUGAGUAUAGGAAUGUUUCUGACCUUUUCUAAGUAGUUGAUUCUUACAAGCCGAGUGCACUGACUAAAGUCCUUAUUCACAGCCACUGUGAGGCAAGGGUCCACUGUGCUAUUUCAGUCAUUCAGUUGAUUUGCCUGAGUAGCCAAUGUUCAAUGGUACAAUGUCAAUGACACUUUAUUCUGGCAUGCACGUUUUGAAGAUUUCACUGUACGGCCAAUGGAAUGGUCUAAAAUGAGCAAACUCCGCCCACCUGGGGCAACGGGCGACACAAAACAAGCGCACCCACCAUUGAGCAUUGGUUAUUUGAGUUGAUUGAUUUUAACCCGGUAGGGAACUGACUGUCAAGGUUUGCCAUGAACAUUGUGUGUCUACCUGAAUCAUUGAACUCACCCAACAGCUAAGAUGAAAAUUGAAGCCACGUUUAGGUUUGUUGCUGUUGUGAAAUAAUAUGUAGGUAUGCGCUACAGAUGUAGACCCCAGUUGUCCUCAAUUGAAAUACCAAAACACAUGUGAUUUGGUCUUCUUCCUUAUAUGGGCAAAACCCCAUGCUUUAAAAAUAAUAAUAAAAUGAACACAAAGGUUGAGGUUACCUUGUGUAAGUUUAGUCUGA